AGACAUUACCACACGGCAGUUAGAGUUUCCGAAAUACUUUUGCUUUGGCGGUAUUUAUUUAUUGUCAGGAGCAUGGUUUACUUAAUUACAUUAUUUUAAAAUCGUACUUGGAUAUAAGAUACAAGCAAAUAUUGAACGGAAGUAGGUUUGCUUUGCUCUUUUUUACAGUAAUUUAGCUGACACUAGCACUAUUUCAUGUCUUUAUAAAAAAUGAUAAAUAUUCUUGAAACGAAUUGCUAUGACCAUGAAUCAUCGUCUCUGUGAAAUCUAUUUAUAGUUAAAUACUAUUGUUCGUUUUUUCGUUUGCAUGGUGUAUUAAAUUAAGGAAGUAAAGUAGGCAAAAUAAAUGUUCUACUGAUUCUUUAUAAUUUGUUUCUUUUAUUAUUUAACUAUAUAUAUAGUAUGACCUAUUAAAUUAUUCAAUAAAGUCUCUUCCAUGUAGCCAUAUGCUAAUAAUUUCCAAUAGUAGUUUUCUCUUCACAUUUUCCACUUAUUUCAUUAUAAUUUUAUUUGUUUUUAUAUAUAAAAAAAAAGCCUUAAAUGUUACGAGAUAUCGAAGACUGCUAAUACUUAAUUAGUUGACACACUUAUCGAUUUAAAGGCAAGCUAAUUGAAAAGCCCGCCUCUUUACUCAGAAAAGCCAAUGACCGUCAGACUAUGUUAGUUAUAUCUAACUGUUAAUAUUAAGCUAUUAAACCAAUCAAUGAAAAGAUAUAGAAAAGUUACGCAUAAAGGUAUCAUAAACAAGCUCUAAUAUUCCAACGAAAAAAUGAACUUGGAGGGAAAUAAUCCAAUCAUCAUCCUACCACGCAGAAAAAAAGACUUAUUAGAGGCAUAUAUUCUAGCUAUACCGGCGGGCCUUGUGGGCGCUCAUCACUACUAUCUACGCAAUUAUGGACGAGGAGUUCUCUAUACAUUGACUUUAGGACUACUAGGAAUGGGAUGGCUUAUGGACAUAUUCCGAAUGUCGAUUCUAGUCAAAAGAGCCAACUUGAAAUUAGAAGAACCAGAAAAUAUUGAAUGUAAACAGAAAUAUAUUGGAGAUGCCUAUACAUUUUGGCUCCCAUUUGGAUUAUUGGGAUUUCAUCAAUAUUAUUUAAGAAGAUGGUCGUGGGGAAUAGCUUAUUCUUUAACGUUUGGGCUUCUUGGUAUCGGUUGGCUAGUGGACGGAUGUCGAAUGUAUAAAUUAGUUAGAAAAUACAAUACAGAUAUGGCUAUCCGAUUGGAAAAUUCUCCAAACUAUAAAGAAAAACAAUUGUUGGAUACUUACAUUAUAGCAAUAACACCUGCGGGUAUUUUUGGAAUGCAUCAUUUCUAUUUGGGUAGAUGUUGUUGGGGAUUUCUCUAUCUCUUUACCUUUGGAUUAUGUGGACUUGGUUGGUUGUCAGACCUAAUAAGAUUAUCAAUGAUAGUUAAAAGAACAAAUGAAAGCAAGAGAUCUAAGCCCGACUAUCCUAUCAAAUAUGUCGAUGAAGCUUACACACUUAUUUUACCACCACUUGGUCUUUUAGGCUUACAUCAUUACUAUUUGAGACGCUACGGUUGGGGUGUUGCUUAUACAUGUACUUUCGGUUGUUUCGGUGUUGGUUGGAUUUUUGAUUUAUUUCGAUUGUCCAAAUUAGUACAUCAGGUUAAUGCCAGGGCAAAACAAAAAAAGUCUAUUCGAGAUCUUGUUCAGUCGUACGUGAAUGAGCAUCAAGCCGGUCCCCAGCAUAUUGUUCCACCUCCAACUACACAUUCUUGUACUGAAUUGGAAGCGCCUCCUUCAUAUGAAAUUGCAAUGGCGACAUCGGCUAGACAGCCCUCUCCUUUGCCUCCUCCACGACCUCCACCUCCAAGAGACUUCCACAGUUUGGCGAUGGAAAGUUCUUCAGAACUAGGUGGAUUCAACAAUAUCGCUAACGAACAGAAGCGAAUGGUUAUCGAAGCUCAUCAAAGGGCAGCAGCAGCAGAACAAGCACAGCCUGAACCAGCAGAAAAUUCAACAUUAGGAGGGUUUGAAACGAUAGCCUUAGAACAAAAGCGAAUGGUCGAAGAGGCCAAUAGAAGUCAACAACUCGUUUAG